AGUUUUGAAAUGUCGGUUCUAGUCUAAGUCGCCUAUAACUAGAGUUGGAAAAUCCUCAUAUGUCUGUGCUGUGGCACCUCUUAACCUUACAUACGAUCUUUGGGAAGGAAAAUGGCGUCGGAUGACGGACUAGCCGCUCUGAGUGCGGACGGAGCCUCAGCAGCUGCACAUGCUCUGUCUCUGCCUGCAGAGGCAUAUGGAAACGACCCACGGCUUGAAGUCAUGUGGGCGAUGAAGGCCUACAACCACGCAGAAGUUUACUUCAAUCUCAUCUCGUCAGUCGAUCCAAAGUUCCUGAAGCUGACAAAGCUGGACGACAACAUCUACUCGAGCUUCAGAGAAACCUUCAAAGAGCUGGAUGUAAAGCAGCUGAAAGAAGACGACUUGAAGUCUGAGCAGGCCAAAGAGAGGUGGCGUCUGUUCUGUAACCAGUUUGAAGGACUUGUGGAGGACUUCAACUACGGCACGCUGCUGCGCCUGGACUGUGAAAAAGACUACUCUGAGGAGAACACAAUAUUUGCCACCAGAGUCCAGUUUUUUGCCAUUGAAAUAGCUCGGAACAGAGAAGGAUACAACGAUACCGUCCACAGAUUCAAAAACCCAAAGAGCUAGCUCCUGAUAAGAACCAGUCCAUCCUCCAUUCGCCUCCAGAGGGGCCAGGAACCUUCAAGUCCCGAAGCAUCUCCUGAUGUUCACCAGUAAAAGGAUCAACAUUCUUCCUGCUGUUGUAACGUUUGUUUUAAGCUAUGUCUGUUCUCAAUAGCUGCUUAAGUUGAACUUGUAACCAAAUAAAAGACCAGCAGACUUCUGGUCAUCAGAACCUUCAGAGAACCAGGAACAUUUUAAUUCAUCUUCCAGAAGGCUUCAGCAGGAGGAAACAUCCUCGUCGGGGUCAGAAGGCUGAGUCUGCAGCUGCUGGGAGAUUAGUUUCUAACAACUUUCAACAAAAACUAAUCUAUUUUCAUGCGUGGUCCAGUUCCCACCCCUCACCUGUGAAAGUCUGCCUUCUGUCAUCAGAACAAAGAUGUCCACCGUUAACAGAUUUCUUAAACAUAAUAAAAACUGGAAGAACGUUUA